CUCCCCUCGCCUUGGGGACACGAUGGCGGUCUCCAUACGACAAGCCAAAGUUUUACUGAGAAAAGACAUGAAGACAAAAUUGUCAGCUAUACCAGAUCGCAUCAAGGCUAUCCAGUCGCAGAUUGUCACAAGGAAGGUGCUUGCAUUGCCAGUCUUCCAGACCAGCAGGCGAGUGUCAGUGUACCUGAGCAUGAAGAGUGAGGUUAGUACAGAUGCACUUGUACAGCACAUCCUCAACGCCAACAAGGCGUGCUUCAUCCCACGUUACGAUGGCGUGGGGAUGUCCAUGGUGCGACUGGCGUCAUGGCAGGACUAUCAAGACCUUCCGGAGACAAAAUGGAAGAUUAAACAGCCCCCAGUUGAUGAACAGCGAGAAGACGCUCUGGACACAGGUGGAUUGGAUGUAAUUUUGACCCCGGGUGUUGCCUUCACCCCUCAAGGAGUUCGGUGCGGGCAUGGCAAGGGUUACUAUGACAACUACCUACAUCAGUGUGAGGAGAGAGGUAAAAAACCUGUCACAGUUGCCCUGGCCUUCCGAGAACAGAUCUGUGCAGAUAUCCCAACUACUGAAGCAGACCACAACAUAGACUACGUCAUCUACCCCACCGAUAGGGAAAUACAAGAUGCUCUCAAGGAUGUAACUUGAGUUUCCAAAAUAUGCCUUUUUUCGAGUCUCAACAAGAAUAUUUUUCUAUCAUCAUAGAAAUUUGUUAAACUGCUGAUAUUAAUGGUCAGUAUUUUAAUACUAAUGAAGUACACUUGUGUGAAAUUAUUGUAAUAGUUUUGGUUAUUAAUAACAAAUAGAGAUUAUUAUAUGAACAUGUUUCUUAUACUGAUUUUAUAAUAUUUCAUCAAGUAUCAGAAUGUAUGUAUUUUCCAAGGUUGUAUGAUGCAUACAUUAAUUUAUAAAAGAUUAAUAAAUCAGUAUGACACGUAGUUUUGAUAUUUACAAAUCUACCUAAUAGUUAUAAACCUUUUGAGCUCCCAUUUAGAAACUGCAGCGAUCACAGCCACUAUCUGAGAAAAACACAAUCGUCAGUAGUGUAACCAAUCCUCAGUGUGACAAUGAAUCCAACCUUAUGUCAGGAUAGGUUUUGAAUUACAUGAACAAUGCUGUCUACACUAAUCCACAUGAAGUGAUAUUUGCACAAGAGCACAUAUGAUGUUUAUGAAGUCUGUUGUAUCUGAAACAGGGAAAUAAAUACAUAUGUUUUUUUUCAAA